AUGGUACGAGGGGAGAAGCAAUAUGCUUCUUUGAAAAAAUGGGUCCGGAUAACGGAAAAGUACCGAAAAUUCAAUAGCUUGAUAACCAAUUGGCACUGGCUGCAUGCUGAACGAAGAAAUACUUCACCAUCUUUUAUACAAUUUGAUGGCGAAGCGAAUCUAGGAGGAAAGAUAGAGAGGAUGAAACAGCUCGGUUUCUACUUUUUGAAAGAGGAUGGGAAGACUUGCGACAGAAGAUCUGUUGAGAACGCAUACAAGCUUCUGAAUGAGCGGACGUCAACUUGGUCAGAUCUAGCAUCGUCAAGUCAAAAACACUUUAAGUUUUAUCAAGCAAUCAUCGAACCAAUGUACAGUAACUCAUGGACGCGAUGGUUCCUCAAUAGAUUUCUGUUUCCCAAUGCUCACUAUUUCAUGUUGUCGUUUUAA